AUGUUUGAGCCUCCUCAGGCUACCUUGCAUAGCCUACUCAAUGCAGAUGGCUCUGCAACAUACAGCGCACCGAACCACGGUUACAGAAUCGUGGCUGGCGUGAAUUACCCGGUUGAAGUUCCAUAUCGCAGCGAUGAGAUUCCUGAAUCCACCUUCAUCGAAGUCAACCUCCGACCACACAAUGGAGUGAGCAUGGUCAAGGAGCGACACGUUGAAGAGCUCAUCAAGCGGACUCUUGGAACCAUUAUACUCGCCGAAGAAACACCCAGAACCCUGCUCCAGAUCACUCUUCAAGUGGUGAGUGUUGAGACCGACGAAAGCUUACCAGGUGGCAUCAAGGGCGGUGGCCAAGGUGAGACGUAUCUUGACGUUCUUGCCUCAGCAUUCAAUGCAGCUGUUCUCGGCUGCCUCGACGCCGCUGUCCCGAUGAGAGCAGUGGCUGGGGCAGUACUCGUCGGCACCGGCUCAGAUCGGCAUUUCAUGGUUAGUCCUGGCGUCGUGACGCGGAAGAAGUGUGUCAGUCUGCAUGUCUUUGGCUUCAACAGCGAUGGCAAGAUAUUGUUGAUGGAAAGCGAGGGCAAAUUCAGCAUGGCGGAGUGGAAGGAAGCAGAACAAGUCGCCAGGCUAGCGGUGCUAGGGUCCAGCCAGAAAAUCAAUGCGGCCGAUAUCAACAAACAAAACGGAGAUGUUGCCAUGAAUGGAAGUGAUACAAGUGGAAGCGCGGCCAUCUGUGUGCUGGAUGUGGUGAGAAAAGCCAUGGAGGAUCGGGUGAUUAAGGACGAGAGCUGGCGACAGGAGUCUUGA